CUGAUCGGUGCCAUUGGCGUUGGUGCGGUCCGCAAUGACAUGCAGGAUCUUACCACUACCCUACAGGAGCCAGCAGGUACAAAGAUCGCGUUCGGCGAGUGGUGGGGUCAUAUCAAGCCCUGCAAGGGCCUGGCGCAAUGGAAGACCAAGCUCACCUCGCUCGGCGCGCCGCCCGAGACCAUCAAGACCAUCGGCGCUUUCAAGGACGUGGGUGAGCUGAUCUACAGUCACCUCGCAGAGGAUGGAUCUUGGAACGCGGAAGCGAUGCAGACGAUUAAGAUCACCAAAACGGACACUACUCAGACCACCGAAAUGACCAAUACCAAGUCGUUUCAGGGCGCUUCCGCGCCGCAGGCCCACGGAACCCCUCCUGGCGGUGACCUCUGGUGCCUGAUGCGGCUCCGACCUUGA